AUUCUGGCUGAAGUACCCCCACCUCCCUAAAUAUCCAGUUUCUCCUGCAAUCGGAUGUAUUUUCCUAGAAUCGCAGGCAUUUCUCAAUUUCGUUGGGGGGUGUGGUCGUACUUUCUUAUAUGACCAGUCUAGUCUCGUUUCCGAAGUUUUAUUUAACCAUUAUCUUUCCGUUUAGCACCCGAUAUGUGUAGACGUAAUGUGUAACGAGGUUUUUUUUUUGAUUCGGUGUUGAAGUAAGCCGGUACAUCCGGGUUUUCGAAAUAGUCUCGGAUCACAGCUUGAAGUCAGGUCAGGAACAAAACUGCGCGAUGCUCGACCAGGUUGUUAACAUUGCGGCGGUUACAGUACUGGGAGUUCUUGAGCAAGCCUAUUUCUCCUUACAGGUGAUCUACGCCAGACGUAAGUACUCUGUGUCUCCUCCAAGUACCACCGGCCCGCCUGAGUUUGAGAGAGUCUUCAGAGCUCAAGUAAACUGCUCAGAGUACUUUCCCAUCUUCAUCUGUACCCUCUGGGUGACUGGAGUCUUCCUCAGCCAGGCUGCUGCAUCUGUCUGCGGGCUUCUCUAUCUGUACGGACGACUCAUGUACUUCAGGGGCUACUCUGAGUCUGCACACAGCAGAUUGGCUCCCCUGUACUUCAGUGCUAAGGUUCUCUGGUUGCUGAUUGGCCUGUCUUGUCUAGGAGUGCUGAACUCCAUGUGUCAGCUGUACCUGGGGCUGGAUGUCCUGAAACAGCUCAGCAGCUUUCUUUUGCAGAACUGAGAUGGCGGAGAGAGGCGAGGAAGAGGAGCACAAAAAUAGGAACUAAGCAGAAUUGGACGGUAGAAGGCCAGGGCUGCUAAAUUCUCCAUCCUCGCACAGCUUCUCCCCUGGCUCAGCCCAAUGCACAGUGUGACAUCAUGAGGCUUUUUUAUGGUUCUAGAAUGCUGUCUUGUCCUUGAGUAACCGACACCAUAACCAAGCUUUCAUUUCAGUAUCUUGGAGAGGAAGGAGAAAAAAAAAAAAAUGAAAUGCCCUGUUUUCUGUAGCAUACAUGUGAUACUGAGGCUAACAUUUGGACCAAUAUUAUUUGUUUGUUAAUUUACAUAUUCAAAUAUAUUUGCAUUUUGAAGUGUGUGUUCAUGCUAACAUGGGUAACCAACAAUGGCAUAAAGGCUGAUGAUGUACAUACAACUAAACCAGCCAUGAGUGGUUCAGGUUUAAGCCAUUCACCUGGAUUGUUGUGUCACUGAUGUUAAUAUAUUCAUUAUUUUUAAGAGGAGAAAUGUCAACCAGGAGUAAGACAGUAGUUCUAUGUAUCUAGCAGGAACAAACAUUUUCGACCAUUGCACUCCUCUGCUUAUACACAAGGAAAAAACCCCAGGUUAUCAAAUGAAGACACAAUCAUGACAAAACAAUACAACAAUGAAUCUCUGUAAGCAUAUCACACUGGGCUAACCUUUGUAGCUGAGAUGCCAACUUGCUCCCCAUGACAUCGGCUUUCCAAAAAUACAAAACAUGAUUUACACUGUAUCAUGGAGAACCUAUGCUGAUCCCGUAGGAUGUUUUGCAAACAUCCUCACUGUCUCUUUUUCAGACCCUGCUGACCUUGUCUGCACAGUAAACAGAGCCUGUUUUCCGUUCAGCCACGCUUCUGUAAAACGCUUGUUAUGUUCGCUUGCUCUGUGAGUCUACGUGCUUGUCUUAAUCCUGAGGUGGAGCUGAUUACAAACAUGGGAUAUAGCAAUGUCUUCUGACAUAAAAUAAAUGGAGGAAUGCAGGUUUAAGGGAUACUUUUGUAAAUGGAAAUUAAUUUGUUUCUCAGAAUAUAAUUCGUACUAUAUAUAAUCACAGAUAGAGCACAAAGAAAUCAAUCGAUCUCAAAGUCUUAGGUUUUCAUAGAUCACAAAAUUGAUUUUAUAAUUUUUUUCCUGUCUAAACACUUUCUUUAGAGAUAAAAAAGUGCUUAGACACUUUCUUCAUUGGGUAGGAUGCCAGUGAUAGUAAAUAAGAUUGCUCACUGAUCGCUGCAGUUUAUAUAUUUGUGGGUUGUCUUUAUUAAGAUAAUGCAAAUAGUUUUUGUCUUUAAAGACUGAUGCAUUCGUGUACAUAUGGUUUGAAUACCUUGCUCUGGGUUUAAGUUACUUUUCUUACGAGUUUUCGGCUAUGUUUUGUGUAUCGUGGGAACAUGUCUUCGUGAAAUACAAACAUAACAAUUGUGAAUUCUGUUUUUCUUAUUAAUGGGAAAUUGCACAGACCAAAUGUUGGCUAUUGUGAAAGUAAAAUACUUUUUGUAAAUGAGAAA